AUGAACAAAAUAAUUUUUGGCAUUGCUGCUGUUACGGUGGCCUUUGUAGUUGGCCAGGCAUUAGAAUGCUACCAGUGUGAGCCUGGAAGCUCGGGUAUGUGUAACACCACAAAGAUCACAUGCCAAUCUGGAGAGCUGUGCUUCCGUGAAGUUGUGGCAUCUGAACAUGGUACUCACAAUGACAAAAAGGGCUGUAUGAAAAGAGAGGAUUGCCCCAAAGAGGGGAUAUCUAACAAGACAACCUACGCCAAGAACUACACCUGCUGUGCCACGGACCUGUGCAAUAUGGCCCCCAGCCUCCCCCAUCUGGCCCCCCUGUCCCUCACACUGGCUACACUAACCUCCACACUGGCAGCUUUUGCUCUCCUCUGAAUCUCUGGCCUCACUCACUCAUUCACUCACAUACUCUCUCUCUCUCUGUGCUUCUUCUCUUACAUUUCUUCCCACAGUCAGUUACAUUGCAUUGUUACUUCAUCCAGACCACUUUCAACACACAUGCCAUUAUUUGACUUAUGUUAGUUUUUUUUUGCCCCCACACCUGUCCACUACGUCACAGAGGGUGAAA